AUGGAUGAUUCUAAGCCAGUUGACGAGAGCUUCACGAAAGCAUUGCCGAAGAUUGAGCUUCAUGCCCAUCUUAGUGGCAGCAUCAGCCGCCAAUGUCUACACGAAAUCUGGAAGCGCAAGAAAGAGCAGAACCCCGCUCUCGAUGUAGAGGAUCCCCUGGUGCUGAUGCCACCGGGCAAGGUCGAUUAUACACUUGAAACAUUCUUUUCAACGUUUUCCAAGUUGACCUACCAGCUCUUUAAUGACUUGGAAAGCUUGGUCUAUGCCACAGAUUCGGUGCUUGAGGACUUCCUCGAAGAUGGAGUAGUAUACCUCGAGCUUCGGACUAUACCGAGAGCAUCCCCUGGCAUCACGCGAGAGCAAUACGUGAACACAGUGCUAGAGACAUUCGAGAAGUUCAGGAGCAGAACCGCACAGAUGUCUGUGUUCUUGAUUCUAGCCAUCGAUCGCAGCAGCAUGACAGUAGCCGAGGCGGACGAUAUUGUCAAUCUUGCGAUCGAGAACAAGUCGCGCGGGGUUGUAGGGGUGGAUAUCUGCGGGGACCCAACAAAAGGCGAUGUCGGCAUCUACAAGGCAUCAUUUUCUAAAGCCAAAGCAAAUGGACUGGGGAUUACUGUCCACUUCGCCGAGACACCAGCUUCUAGUACUCCAAGCGAGCUGUCCACGCUCCUUUCCUUCCAGCCCGAUCGGCUUGGUCAUGUCAUCCAUGUACCCGACGACAUCAAGAAAGAGAUUGCGCGACGUAAGCUCAGUCUGGAACUGUGCAUUUCUUGCAAUGUCCAUGCAAAGAUGAUCAAUGGAGGGUUCUUGGAUCAUCAUUUUGGGUAUUGGCGUCAUGAAGACUGCCCGAUCGCAUUAUGUACCGAUGAUGUGGGCUUUUUUUGUAGCCCCGUCUCGAACGAGUAUAUGCUGGCCGCACAGCAUUUCGGUCUGAGUCGUACCGAUCUCUUUGAUAUGUGCCUCAAGUCUGUGGAUGCAAUUUUUGCCGACGAGCAUAAGGGGCGAAUCCUAGACAUGCUCAAAGCAUUCGCUACUCGUGGCUCUUCAUAA